AAUCCGGAUUUGGCGCGUCUAUUUAUAAGAACCAAGGAUAACAAUACAGUAUUUUUGAGUGCCCAAGAUGUCCGACGACGACUGCGAUAUAUUCAGUGCUGCUCGCAAGCGGGUUCCCGUGAAAGCUUUACCAAAGGAAUCCUACAAUCCUGGCAAUGAUUCGUUCUCCAAGGAGGUGGACUACGAUUUCAUAGAUGUCAGCCCCAAGAAAACAAGUAGAAACGGCAAACGGAAGCCCCCAGCAGCGCCGCAGGAAAAGCCCCAGAAAAGUGAGGAUGGUCCCUCGCCUCCAAAACAGAAUAAAGUAAAGCCUGCUGAGAAGGAAAAGGUCGAAGAGGAUAAGGGCUCGGAAAGAUGCCUGUCCCCCGUGUCCAAGUUGAUCCAGGAGAUGGAGCAGAAAAAUGCCAAAGAAGUUGAAGUAGGUCCUGUGGCCAGACGAACUCGCUCCUCACUGCCCAAUGUGGAAGCCCAGCCUCCAGAUGUGGCGUCCAAUGUGGAAGUACCCGCCCAGGCGAAGCCCAAGAGAAGGGGCAGAAAAAAGGCAGAACCAACUAUGCCGAUUGACUUGGAGACGGAAACUGUGUCCGCAUCUGUUGUAUCCUCACUGCAAAGCAUUGUGGCCAGCUUUGGAGACCGGAACAACAGCAUACGCCGGACAAUGGCAGAAAUUGGUGCCCGUUCCAGGGUGGUGGACAGUAUAGAUCUGGUAUCAGCGGUCGCACCGCGAGUGGAGGGAUUUAUAAAUCUGGACUCUGAAGAUGAAGUUGAAGCCCCUGCUCCCGUAGAAGAGGCAAGCAUCUUUGAUAAUGAUAAUCCCACCAUAGAAGUAGCGCUCUCCUGGCUCGGCGAGAUCCAGAUUUACAAACUGCGGCAGCACCAAAAGUUCAAACAUUUCUUCAAGAAAGUCGCAGAACGCAAUUCAGUAGAUGAGAAUGAUAUUUCCGUUGAUAUGUACUACAAGUUCAUAGGACCCGAUGAUACGCCUCAUAGCAUUGGUCUCAAAUCCUUUCAUACACUUAGUGGCCAUGCAACAAAGUCUAAUAAUAAUAACAAUAAGAAGACUGCCAAGGACGACAACAAUCCAGAAGCUCUAAGCAGGAAACCCAAAAAGUUUCAAGUGAAAGUCCAGGCUGAUAAAUGGAAGCAACCUAUGGUGAUGCCAAUGAAGAAAAAAGAUACGUUCAAAAUGUUGUACAUCAAGUGUGCUGAGGAGUUGAACUGUGAUGCCCGCCACAUUAAAUUAUUUUUUGAUGGUGAACUUUUGGAUCCGGAGGAUACGCCCAAAAACCAAGAUAUGGAAGGCAAUGAACUAAUUGAUCUACAAAUUAAGACCUAAUAGUUGUUUUUAGUUAUAUUUUUCAUUACUUUCUUCUUGCUGUGCAAGUUUUGAAAUUUAAAUUAUUUGAAUAUCAAAAUGUUCUUUGUAUAAAUGCAUUAAAUGUAGUCACUCAAACUUGUAUAUUUCUCUAAGCAAUUAUUGUAAUUUUGUUCGAGAAUAUUGUCGAUUUGGUUAGAUUUGUCUAGCGCAAUAAGGAUAUAUUUUUAUUUAUUUCGUUAUACUAUGUACUAAAACUCACAAAAUUAUAUUAAACUCAUAUGAAGAUUA